UCUUAUCUCACUUCACAAGCAACAUUCCCUCCAUCUCUCUCUCUCUCUAAAAAUGGUUUCAAACACCAAAGAAGUAGCUUCAGAGCUUCUACCAGUCCUCAAGGUCUACAAAGACGGCACAGUCGAUCGUCUCCUCGGCUCACCCUUCGUUCCUCCCUCCUCACCCACCACCACCACCACGACGACCAUCAUCUCCAAAGACACCACCAUCUCCUCCGCCGUCUCCGCCCGUCUCUACCUCCCUCCCACCACCACCACCCGCCUCCCCAUCCUAGUCUACUUCCACGGCGGCGGCUUCUGCAUCGAAUCCGCCUUCUCCUCCUUCUGCCACCGCUACAUCACCUCCCUCGUCUCCCAUUCACCAAUCCUCGCCGUCUCAAUCGAAUACCGCCUCGCCCCCGAAAACCCUCUUCCCAUCGCCUACGAAGAUUCCUGGUCCGCUCUCCAAUGGGUCGCCUCACACUCAAUCAAACCCAAAUCCAAACCCAAACCCAAUUCAGAUCCAUGGCUAAGCAAUUACGGCGAUUUCAGCAGAAUCUACAUCGGCGGCGAUAGCGCCGGAGCCAACAUUGCCCACAACAUCCUGAUGAGAGCCGGGGUCGAACCCCUGCAUGGCGGAGUGGAAAUUCUGGGUGCUUUUCUUUCCCACCCGUAUUUCUGGGGAUCCGACCCGAUUGGGUCCGAAUCGAAGGCGGAUCGGGAAAUGGGUUUGUUGCAUCGGACGUGGAUGUUUGCGUACCCGGGUGCUCCGGGUGGGGUGGAUAAUCCGAUGAUCAACCCGUUUGCGAGCAAUGCGCCGAGCUUGAAGGAAUUGAAGUGUGCUCGGAUUUUAGUGGUGGUGGCGGAGAUGGAUGAGCUGAGAGAGAGAGGAGUUCGGUAUGGGGAGGAAGUCAGAGAGAGCGGUUGGGGUGGAGAUUUGGAGGUUGUGGAGGUGGAAGCAGAGGAUCAUUGCUUUCAUAUUUUGAAUCCCGAAACUAAAAAUGCCAAGAAUUUGAUCAAAGUUCUGGCCUCUUUUCUCAAAUAAAUUUAAAAUAAAAAAUAAAAAAAUACUAUACCUAAACAAAAAUUUUAUCUGAUUUUUCAACCACUCUAGAUUAAAAUAAUAGAAUUCGUGUGGCUCUAUUAAUUUUACGUCUAGUGAUAAAAAAAAAAUCAGUUAAGAAAUUUAUUUAUGGUAUUAUUAUUUUUACAUGUGAACGGUUUGGUUUCAUUUCAUGGUGUAUUAGGGUUAAAAAACAGCACAAACUUAGAAAUUUUUAUUAAAAAAAAAAAAUUAAGAUGUGUUUGGUAGAGUUGGUAAAAUUUUAUGUAUUUAUGUUUCAUUUUUCUUCCGUGGCUGUAAAAGCAGUGGACUUUUGUUUCUUGAAUUUUUCAAGGCAUCAUUGUGGUGGCAUUGUGCUGUCUAUUGAAUGUUGAAUACAUGUUGAUUUGAUAACCCCGUUGUACUAUUUUGAAGGUUGAUGUUAUUAUUAUCAUUAUUUUACAGUCUUUGUGAGUA